AUGGCAGUUCCAAAAAAACGUACUUCUAUCUCGAAAAAGCGUAUUCGUAAAAAAAUUUGGAAAAGGAAGGGAUAUUGGACAUCGUUGAAAGCUUUUUCCUUAGGGAAAUCGCUUUCUACAGGUAAUUCAAAAAGUUUUUUUGUACAACAAAAUAAAUAA